AUGAAGUCAGAGAUACACUGCAACGAUGAAUGGGCUUCCAUUGGCGUUACCACCAGCAUCGAUCUGAUCGAACAGACUGCGUAUCUCCUGACGGCUGGUAGCAUGAGUGGCAGCAUCCCACAUACCCAACCUGAAGGGUCAUACGGCUUAGUGUUUACUCGUCCUUUGGGAGUUAUUCUGGGUAUUGCUCCUUGGAACUCGCCUCUCUUCUUGGCCCUUCGAGCGGUUAUUGCCCCACUGGCUGUUGGAAACACCGUUAUUCUCAAGGGAUCUGAGCUUAGUCCUCGGAUACAUCACUUCGUCGCCGGGUUGUUCGCAAAAGCUGGCUUCCCUCCAGGCGUCGUCAACUUCAUCCUUCAUCGACCUCAAGAUGCCCCUGAGGUAGUUAAUUAUCUCAUCCGAGACCCUGCUGUCAGAAAGGUCAACUUCACUGGCUCAACGCCAGUUGGGCGCAGUAUUGCUGAGCAAGCGGGACGGGCUCUGAAGCCGGUAUUGCUGGAGCUUGGUGGCAAGAACUGCUGCAUCGUCCUGAAGGACGCAGACAUUGGUCGUGCAGCAGAAGCAGCUCUUGCAGGAGCAACACUAAAUAUAUGCAUGUCUACAGAUCUUGUCCUCGUGGAAAAGGAUGUCGUAGAUGAGUUUCGUGCCGAGCUUACAAAACAGCUACAAAGUAGGAAUGGGUCCGCGUAUCGACUUGUUGGACCAAAGAGUCACGCGCGAGUACAAGCUUUGGUCUCCGAUGCAGAAGCCAAGGGAUCUUCUGUAAACUCUUCUACGGACCACCAAACCGACUCAAAGUUGAGACCCAUUACGAUCCUCGAUAAUAUCAACAGCUCUAUGGACUUCUUACGCGCAGAGAGUUUCGGUCCCUGUCUUGGAAUCGUCGCGGUCUCUGACGGGGACGAGGCGGUCAAGAUUGUCAACGAUAGUGAUUACGGGCUGUCUGGUGCGAUAUGGACACGGAAUCAGUACGCAGCUUUGGAAAUGGCGCGUCGUCUUCAAGUUGGAGCGGUGCAUAUCAACUCGUCUACUGUUCAUGAUGAAGCGACUUUGCCUCAUGGAGGAACGAAGCAGAGUGGAUUUGGAAGAUUUGGUGCGGAAUGGGGGCUGAAGGAGUUUGUUGAGACGCAAACGGUUAUCAUGCACCCGUGA